AAUCAGAGUAAGAACUGAAAUCGAGACUGCUGCUUGCUUCCCCUUAAAAUCCAAACCCGAAUAAUUCACUUGAUUCUUCCAUUCACAAUUCACCUCAAUUCAAUGGACAGUCCAGCUGAGCAACGCACCAGCAUCUCCGAUCCCCGCUCUCCCCUGCCGUCGCGAGCUCGCCGCCGACUUAUUCAGUCCACAAUGCUUCCUCUCGACAACGCCGACCAAAACAUCAACAAACCUGAGGUUGCGGUAACUAAGGAGGAGACUACAAGCAAAGGAAUGGACGAAGAAGAAGAUUUGCAUCAACUGAACAAUCAUACGAGAAGUCCUCAAAAACGGAGGCGCUGUUCUAGUGCUACACCAGAGAAGCGCCGUUCUAGUGCUACACCGGCGAAGCGCUGUACUAGUGCUACACCAAAGAAACGUGGUGCUCGGGCCACUCCAGAGAAGCGGCAAAAGAAUAGUACCGCCAAGAAAAAGCUUUUGUCUAGUGGCUUAAAUGACGGAUCUGUGCAGCCGAAUAAUCCUAUACCUUGUGAACGGGCUUCACAAUUAGUUCCUGAUUUGCGUUUAGAGGCUAAAUUGCAAGCUGAGGAAAAUUUACGAAUAUAUGGAGGGAGACUGAUACAUCCAUUUUUCUCGUCUUGGAAAACGGUCAAGAGAAGCCAGGAAAGAACUGAUGAGGAAAGUGAUCAGUCCUUGGUUGAUAAGAAGGGUCAAAGCAUCAAUUUUAGCCCUAUUCAUGUAUUUGAACAAGUUGAGGAUGAUGAAAACCUCUCUCUGGAUUGGGGAAACUGGACUUUUUCUGAAAGAUCUGUCUGUGCCAACUUUGACUUGAAAAGUGAAUCAUCAAAUUAUGAAACAACAGUCAAAGUCCUACAUUUUGACAACUUUCUCAACGCCUCUGGUUGUCAGAAUAAUGGUUCAUCAUAUAAAUGUCUGAAUAAAGCUGACAAGGUGCCUUCGCAUCUUUCUCCUAUACAACAAGAUUAUAUCCAUUCUGCAUCAUCUGUGGUAUUCAGUGAUGAGCAAGCAGCUGACCGUGAAAGAUCAAUCGAGAGAGUGGAGAAUUAUACUUCGAGCGAAGUUAAUCCGUCCGCAGUUGAUGCUACUUGUGCACAAAUUUCAGAUGUCAAGUACGGUGAUAUAUUCUUUAAAGAAAAGAUGAUAUCAUAUGGUCAUAGUUGUGUCAAUCAGCCUCAAAACAGCUUAUGGACAAAUAAAUACCAGCCUAAAAAGGCUAAUGAGAUAUGCGGUAAUGGCGAAUGUGUUACCUAUUUAAAUAAUUGGUUACGUCUUUGGCAUGAAAAAAGUUCGGGAGUCAACAAAAUUAUUGGUAAUAUAGACAGUGAACAAGAUGCUGAAUACUCUCGUACAAGUGUAUCCGACUCCGGGGAUAUGGAUGAAGAAAACCGUUUGAAGAAUGUUCUCUUAAUUACUGGACCAGUAGGGAGUGGGAAGUCUGCAGCCAUAUAUGCUUGUGCAGAGGAACAAGGAUUUCAAGUUAUUGAGGUCAAUGCAUCAGACUGGCGAAAUGGAGCUUUAGUGAAGCAAAGGUUUCGGGAGGCUGUAGAAUCACAUUGGCUUUCAUGUACCACAGCAGACCAAGGGAUCAACAAGGAAGUUACUGAGAUGAUAUCCUUGUCAGACAGUGAGGAUUCUGAUUAUACCAGGAUGACACCUGCGGAAUUAGUAUCUAAGAAAAGUGAUAAAAAAACUUUAAUCCUCUUUGAGGAUGUGGACACUGUUUUUGAUGAAGACCGCGGUUUCCUUGGUUCAAUACAACAACUUGCAGAAACAGCAAAACGUCCCAUGAUAUUGACCAGCAAUAGCAACAACCCUGUGCUUCCAAACAAUUUGGACAGGCUAAAGUUAUGUUUCAAUAAACCAUCACUAGAGGAGCUUUUCUGCCUUGCAUCCAUGGUUUGCUCUGCAGAAAAAGUUGCUAUCUCACCUUGCCUGGUGAGGCGAUUUAUUGAGUUUUGUCACAGAGAUAUCCGCAAAACCAUUCUGCAUCUCCAGUUCUGGUGUCAAGGUCAAACCUACACACGAGAGAAAAAAAUACUAGGUGCAUAUGGUCUGAUGGUUUUUGAUACGGAUGCUGGGCACAAUGUAUUACCGAAGAUGAUUUCCUGUGAUUACCCUUCACAGCUCUCUGAGAUUGUGGAUAAGGUUAUCACGAAAUCAGUGCUCGAGGUCAAAGAAGCCACUCACUUGAACCUAAUAGAUGAGGAAGAACCAAAUAUAUAUAACUCUGGAGCGAUUAAGUUUCAACCAAACAGUAUAGAUGCCAGAAAGGAAGCAAUGUUAAGCUGUUAUUGUUCUGAUCAGGACGGUAAUGAGUUUCCAUCUCAACUUGGCACUGCAUGCGAACUUUCAAAUUCUUCAGGGUCCUCAGUCGCAUUUGGCCAGCAAGGUAUUCCGAGAAGAACUGAAACAAUGCUAUCUUCUCAAUCUGGGGAGGAAUGCUCGAGGUCGAGGGGCAGUUUUCCUUUUGUUCCUCACAAAGAGUCUAAGGAAGAGCAUUUAGAAGCACACCUUGAUGUGAUUAGCAAGGGUCCAUCUCAUUGCUUUUCACUAGAAAUGUCUAACAAUGCCAUGACCGAGCAGCUACUUCAAGCUCCAAAAGUUUUUGCUCCAUUAAAUGGCACUUGCAGAUUAGUUGAUGUCCCCUGCGUUCGAGAGUCCUCAUUUGUGUCUGACACUGAUUUUUUUUCUGGAACACUUUGGGGAAAUGUUGACAAUACGGCAGAAUCUUCUAAUACAAAAAAUGGUCUUGCAAAUAAUAGGAUCGACUUGAAUAUGUCUCCAUCUAAAUUAGAUGAAAUUCCAAUAUUUACUAAAACUCAAAGUGAAGUAGUGACAAAUUCAUCAAGAGAGGUAGAGGAGAUAAUUGAUUCUCGCAUUAAUGGUGCAGAAACUGCUGUGACAAACUCUGAGUUUCCCGUUGUUGGUAUUGACUUAAAUUUAUCUCUUUAUGGAUCGGAUGAAAUCCCGGUUUUGCUGAACAAUAAAAGCGACACUAUUACAAUAUUACAACCAAUUCAACAAGUAGUAGAUUCACAUGUUGAAUGUGUUCAAGGUGUUCCAAGAGAAUAUCACCAGAUUGAUGAGUGUGAUAGUAUGAAUUUCAGUAUGAGAUCCAGGUACAAGAAGAAUCACAGUUGCUUGGUGGCCUCUGAUACUGUACAAGAAACUUGGAGGAGACUUCGUGACAGUCACAUAAAUUUUCAACAGUAUGCUAUCCUGGAACGGAAAGAUGCUUCUAAAGUCCUGAAACUUGCACAUGGAUUGAGUAAUUUAAUUUCGGAAGCUGACAUGUUACUCAGCGACUGUCAACUACUAGUUAGUGAUUAUCUAGAACCUUCAAUGGUCCCAUGUGAGGAUUCACAUUUUCUCAGUUGGUAUGAUGACCACUUGAAGAUGGUGUCAAUAAUAUCAGAACAUGGGAUGUGCUUAUAUGCAAAAGAUAUAGAUGCAGCUGGCACAAACAUGUUUUCUACUGGCAGACUGGAUUUGGCAUGGGAGAUGCUGGCGUCCUCAAGAAGUACAAUGUCAUUGGGGAAAUUGGUCAAUCGGGAUAGUAGGAGAAUCCAGAAUUCAGAAAUGAGCCUACCAGACAGUGGUAUAUCUACUCGAAGGCAAUCAGCAUCAUCCCUUAGCAGCAUAGUUCAGUCCUUAAUUCCUGCAAGAUCAUAUCUAUCAGUAAAAGGCAAUGCCCUUCAUGAGUACCUCUCAUCACUGAGCCAUAUCUCGAGAUUGGAAGACAAUCGUUUAUUGGAAAACCAUAAGUCAACAACACGACGAGUUUGUGUUGGUAAAAACUACUUGAGUAAUGCUGCACCGUCUCUAACUCCUAGAGAUAUUUCAUUGUUGAGCCAAUAUAGUUAUUAUCAGAAGGCAUCACACCAAUUCUUGGAUAAUAUCCGAGGAGAAAGCUUCUGCCAAUGAAAGUAAACAUUGUAGAUAAAAGUCACUUUUUUUAUACCAUGAAGCUUUUAUGGCUGAACACAACAUCCAUAAAGAAGCUACAUUGGAGAACAAGAACAGAUAGUUUGUGCUGUUAAGCUAUAGGAAUUGACGACACUGACUUCGUCAUUGUGCCGAAUGCUAGGUUGCAAGCAUCAAAUAAAUGACAUGCUGAGAUUAGCGGGAGAGAUUAGCUAUAGGCAGAUAUUUUCAUAUCAUAUAGUUUGAACUUACCAUUUCCCUUUUAUUUAAACACAAAGCUUUCCUGUAACAUGAAUUCCGGCAUUGUAUCUCUGUGCGCAAAUGCACACAUAUUCAGUUUGUAUUGUUGAUAUGUAAGUAGAGAUUUACAGACU